CCGCCGCGUCGGCCCCGCCAGUUCGGUGACACAGGAUGACCUCAAGAGUCACAGCCCUGGCAAGCACCAGAACGGGCCCCCCCGGCCGCUCACAGGGACAGCACAGAAAUCUCCAGAAUCCCUAGACAAGCUGCAUGUGCCUCCAACGACGUGCCCACAGUAUGUGAAGAUCAAAAACUGGGGCACUGGAGUGAUCUUGCAAGAUACCCUUCAUCAAAAGGCCAAAUCGGAUUUCACCUGCAAGUCCAAAUCUUGCUUGGGGUCCAUCAUGAACCCCAAGAGUUUGACCAGAGGACCCAGGGACAAGCCCACCCCGCUAGAGGAGCGUCUACCUCAAGCUAUUGAAUUUAUCAACCAGUAUUACGGCUCCUUUAAAGAGGCAAAAAUAGAGGAACAUCUGGCCAGGCUGGAAGCUGUGACAAAGGAGAUAGAAACAACAGGAACCUACCAGCUGACAGGGGAUGAGCUCAUUUUCGCCACCAAGCUGGCCUGGCGCAAUGCCCCCCGCUGCAUUGGUCGGAUCCAGUGGGCCAACCUGCAGGUCUUAGAUGCCCGGAGUUGUACCACCGCCAAGGAGAUGUUCCAGUAUAUCUGUAGACACCUGCGUUACGCCACCAAUAACGGCAACAUCAGGUCGGCCAUCACCGUGUUCCCGCAGCGGAGCGAUGGGAAGCAUGACUUCCGCGUCUGGAACUCGCAGCUCAUCCGGUAUGCUGGCUACCAGAUGCCCGAUGGCUCCAUCAGAGGCGACCCUGCUAACUUGGAGUUCACCCAGCUGUGCAUCGACCUGGGCUGGAAGCCCCGUUACAGCCGCUUCGAUGUGCUGCCUCUGGUCCUGCAAGCCGAUGGCCGAGACCCCGAGAUCUUCGAAAUCCCUCCUGACCUUGUGCUGGAGGUGCCCAUGGAACAUCCCAAGUAUGAGUGGUUCCGGGACUUGGAGCUGAAGUGGUAUGCCCUGCCUGCUGUGGCCAACAUGCUUCUGGAGGUGGGCGGCCUCGAGUUCCCGGCCUGUCCCUUCAACGGCUGGUACAUGGGCACGGAGAUUGGAGUGCGGGACUUCUGUGACUCUCAGCGCUACAACAUCCUGGAGGAAGUGGGCAGAAGGAUGGGCCUAGAGACCCACACACUGGCCUCACUCUGGAAAGACCGGGCUGUCACUGAGAUCAACGUGGCGGUGCUGUAUAGUUUCCAGAAGCACAACGUGACCAUCAUGGACCACCACUCGGCCGCCGAGUCCUUCAUGAAGCACAUGCAGAACGAGUACCGGGCCCGCGGCGGCUGCCCCGCCGACUGGAUUUGGCUGGUGCCGCCCAUGUCCGGGAGCCUCACCCCCGUGUUCCACCAGGAGAUGCUGAACUAUGUCCUGUCCCCGUUUUACUACUAUCAGGUGGAGGCCUGGAAGACCCACGUGUGGCAGGAUGGGAAGCUGAGACCCAGGAGGAGAGAGAUCCGGUUCAAAGUCUUGGUGAAGGCGGUGCUCUUCGCCUCUGUGCUGAUGCGCAAGACGCUGGCGUCCCGAGUCAGAGUCACCAUCCUCUUUGCCACGGAGACGGGGAGAUCGGAAGCGCUGGCCCGGGACCUGGGAGCCUUGUUUAGCUGGGCCUUCAACCCUCAGAUCCUCUGCAUGGACCAGUACAAGCUGAGCAGCCUGGAGGAGGAGCAACUCCUGCUGGUGGUGACCAGCACCUUUGGGAACGGAGACUGUCCUGGCAAUGGAGAGACUCUGAAGAAAUCUCUGUUCGUGCUGAAAGAACUGCCCCGUACCUUCAGAUAUGCCGUGUUCGGCCUUGGCUCCAGCAUGUACCCUCAGUUCUGUGCCUUUGCUCAUGACAUUGACCAGAAAUUGUCCCAUCUGGGGGCCAUUCAGCUUGCUCCGAUGGGGGAAGGGGACGAGCUCAGUGGACAGGAGGACGCUUUCCGCAGCUGGGCUGUGCAGACCUUCAAGGCAGCCUGUGAGACGUUUGACAUCCGAGGCCACAUUCAGAUCCCCAAGCUCUACGCUUGCAGUGUGACGUGGGAGCCUCAGCGCUACAGGCUUGCGUGGGACUCGCAGCCCUUAGACCUCAACAAAGCCCUCAGCGCCAUGCAUGCCAAGAAUGUAGUCACCAUGAGGCUCAAAUCUCAGAAGAAUCUGCAGAGUGCCAAGUCCAGCCGCACCACCCUUCACGUACAGCUGUCUUGUGAGGGCAGCCAAAGCCCGAGCUACCUGCCAGGGGAGCACCUUGGAAUUUUCCCAGGAAACCAACUGGCCUUAGUCCAAGGAAUCUUGGAGCGAGUAGUGGACUGCCCGACUCCCCACCAAACUGUGUGCCUGGAGGCACUGGAUGAAAGUGGCAGCUACUGGGUCAGGGACAAAAGACUUCCCCCAUGCUCCCUUAGCCAGGCCCUCACUUACUUCCUGGACAUCACUACCCCCCCGACCCAGCCGCAGCUCCAAAAGCUGGCCUGCCUGGCCACAGAAGAGGCCGAGAGACAGAGGCUGGAGGCUUUGUGCCAGCCCUCAGAAUACAACAAGUGGAAGCUCACCAACAGCCCCACGUUCCUGGAGGUGCUGGAGGAGUUCCCAUCGCUGCGGGUACCCGCUGCCUUCCUGCUGUCCCAGCUCCCCGUUCUGAAGCCACGGUUCUACUCCAUCAGCUCCUCCUGGGACCACACUCCCACCGAGAUCCACCUUACCGUGGCCGUGGUCUCCUACCGCACCCGAGAUGGCCAGGGUCCCCUGCAUCAUGGUGUCUGUAGCACCUGGAUCAGCAAUCUGAAGCCACAGGACCCAGUACCUUGCUUCAUACGGAGUGUCAGUGGCUUCCAACUUCCUGAGGACCCCUCCGUGCCUUGCAUCCUCAUUGGUCCUGGCACGGGCAUCGCACCCUUCCGAAGUUUCUGGCAGCAGCGGCUCCAUGACUUCCAGCACAAAGGGCUCAAGGCGGGCCGCAUGACCCUGGUGUUCGGGUGUCGCCACCCGGAGGAGGACCACCUCUACUGGGAGGAGAUGCUGGAGAUGGCCCGCAAGGGGGUGCUGCACCAGGUGCAUACAGCCUAUUCCCGGCUGCCCGGCAAGCCCAAGGUCUACGUGCAAGAUAUCCUGAGGCAGCAACUGGCUGGUGAGGUGCUCCGCGUGCUCCUCCAGGAGCAGGGCCACCUCUAUGUUUGUGGGGACGUGCGCAUGGCCCGCGACGUGGCCCAGACCUUGAAGCAGCUGGUGGCUGCCAAGCUGACCUUGAGUGAGGAGCAGGUUGAGGACUAUUUUUUCCAGCUCAAGAGCCAGAAGCGUUAUCAUGAAGAUAUCUUUGGUGCUGUUUUUUCCUACGGGGCCAAAAAGGACAGGCGUAUGGGGCCGUCCAGCGACACAAAGCUCUGACAGCCCAGGAGGAGCUAACGCUGAUGACAUGGAAUUUAAUGGUGGGCCUGACUCCACAACUGGGGUCACAGGGUCUGAGAAGAUGGAGAAAGUUAACUUUCCCUAAGCCUCACAUAUUUCCCCUCAUGCCUCUCUUUGUAUUUCUCUUUCUCUCUCCCUCCUUAACCACCCCCCCCCCGACCUCACUGUAGCCCACCUAUGCUUAUGGUAAUGGGGAAAUGGACCUCACUGGCCCCUUGGAGAUGAAUCGCCAGGCUGUGUGAAAAGAGAAAAAAAACAAAACAAAAAAAACCCUUUCUGACAGCAAUACCCUAAUGAC